AUGGUAAACCUGCAAACUGUGCACACAAAGCAGCUCAACUGUUUGUCUUUCUGUCUUCAGUGCAAGGAGUUCACCCUCCACACUGGCUACGAGGUGCUCAUACAGCGGCUGUUGGAUGGGAGGAGGAUGUGCAAAGACGUGGAGGAUUUGCUCAAGCAGAGAGCACAAGCAGAAGAGAGAUAUGGGAAAGAGCUGAUUCAGAUCGCCCGAAAAGCAGGAGGACAAACAGAAAUCAACACACUGAAGGCAGCUUUUGAGAGGCUCAAGCAACAAAUUGAAAGUGUUGGAAACUCUCAUAUCCAGCUGGCUGUAAUGCUGAAGGAUGAACUGAAAGGAAUAGAGGAGUUCCGAGAAAGACAGAAGGAGCAAAGAAAAAAGUAUGAGUCUGCGAUGGAGCACAUGCAAAAGAGCAAGCUGUCCCAUUAUAAGAAAACAAUGGAGUCAAAGAAGACCUACGAACAGAAGUGCAGGGAGGCGGAUGAGGCCGAGCAGUUCUUCGAACGGACAAGUGCUUCAGGCAACCAAAAGCAGACAGAAAAGAGUCAGAACAAAGCCAAGCAAUGCAGAGAUGCAGCCAACGAAGCAGAGAAGGUGUACAAACAGAAUAUUGAGAAGCUGGAUAAGGUCAGGACAGAGUGGGAACAGGAACAUAUCAAAACCUGCGAGGUCUUCCAGCUCCAGGAGUGCGACCGCAUCACCAUACUCCGCAACUCGCUGUGGGUUCACUGCAACCAGCUCUCCACGCAGUGUGUGAAGGAUGAUGAGCUGUAUGAAGAGGUUCGGGUAAGCUUGGAGAACUGCGUUGUAGAGUCAGACAUAGACUACUUCAUUAAGACUAAAAUGACAGGAACACAACCUCCAGAUGCAAUAGGAUAUGAGAACUACUACAACAGAGAACCAAACAGAAGCAGCAGCAGCCCAAACCAGUCUUGUGGGAUGAUGAAGAGAUUCUCCGGACUACUGCAUGGAAGCAGCAAAAACAACACGGAAAGCAUCACUCCUUCAGCCCCUCCUCUUGAGAAAACAGACGGAGUCUAUGCAUCCAUUUUUGCAAAUGAACAAGCUGGAAUCACAGCAUCACAGGACUACAGAGUACUUUAUGACUACACAGCCCAGAACAUGGAUGAACUGGACAUCAGUGAAGGAGACAUUGUAGUUGUCAUUGAAGAAAAUGAGGAUGGCUGGUGGACAGCAGAAAGGAAUGGGCAGCGAGGCUUUGUGCCGGGGUCUUAUCUCAAAAAGCUUUGA